AUGGACCUAGCUCCAAGAGCCCAGCCCCAAAAUUUUACUCAAUCCACCCUUGCCGUUCGGCAAGGGUUGUGCGGAAGCAAUGGGGACUGCAAGAUGGCUCCUUCCAAAAAUCAAGGUGCCUCCACGAAACCAGCCUUCUGGCCACUCUACCGGAGCUGUGCAUACAAACCCUCGAGAAACUUCUCAACACCCUUGCCGAACGGCAAGGGUCGUGACGAAACAGGGAGCUUGCGAAAUCUGCUCAAAUCACAUCGGAACCACCAAGUCUUGCCUGCCGAAGGAAGAGGGACGGUCAAGUCUCACCAGGGCCUCACCGUGACUUCACGCCGGAAUCAAUGGAAGACUCGACCUCUCCUUCGAACCACGUCGUGCCGAGGCUGUGACCACGAAGCCUCCUCUCCACCCUUGCCGAACGGCAAGGGUUGCGCACAGACUCCAGAGGCACGACAACCCGAAUCGGCUCACCUUGCCCAGCACAACCGCCUUGGUCAUCUUGCCGACACCACUAUCGCAUGA